GCCUUUUCCCCAAACCAUUAGGAUUGCAGAAGUCUGUUAAAAUAGAAUUUAUGCUGCAAUUGUCACCACAACAGUCGACAAAAGUGACCAAGCAUGGCGAAUGCGCCCACAGGGUUGCCAUGAGUGCCUACUAGCCUUUUAAUAGCCCUAUCCUGGCCCUAUCGCCAAUCGGUUCUCUAAUUUGGAUUGGAUAAAGCAAACUAAGCCGCCGCAGCCUUCCGACUUCCGACAUGCAAUCGCAGCGGCUCACCAGCAUGCCACUCGCGGCGGCCCGCAUCCCCGCACCCCGCCUUCUCCAUCCUCCACACCUGCACCUCGGCCUCAGGCACCACUCCCACCGUGACCGUACGUCUCGGCUGCUCCCAGCGGCAUUCCCCAACCACUCCACCACCACUACCGCCAGCCCCCACCAGCCCACCAUCCACCCACACACCCUGCCGUGGCGGCGCCACGCGCCUGCACCGCCCGGCGCCCUUGCACCCUCUAACCCCUCUCCUAGAAACAUCCACAGCAGCGCUACCAAACGCGGUGGUGGCGGCAGCGCCCCUAGCAACCGCAGCCCCACCAACAGCACCAACUCCGGUGGCAGCAGCAGCAGCAGCGGCAGCGGCAGCGGCAGCGGCAGCGGCAGCGGCCGCCCCCGGCCGGAGCUGCUGCAGCCCCGGCCGCAGGUGAAGCGGCCCCGCCUGGUUGACGAGGACGCGGGUGUCCCGGAGAUCGCGGAGGUGUUCAACCGGCCCCGGCGCUGGCACCGGAGCCGCAGCGGUGCCGGUGGCGGUGCCGAAGGUGCCGCCUCCACUCCGACCCGCAUGUUGGAGGUGGAGAAGGGAGGGGCAAGCCAGCAGCGGCAGCAGGGGGUGCAGCAGCAUCAGGGAUUACGACAACAGGGGCAGCAGCAGCAGCAGCAGGGGCUGGUCGGUGGCCGGGUUGGCAUGCGGGGUCAGGUGGGGGCAAGGCGAGCCGGGGGGUCAGCCGCCAGAGUAAGGAGCAGCAGCAGCGCGGACAGCCCCGGCUCUGGUGGCUUGGGUCGGGGAGGUGCUAAACAGCAGGUACAGCAGCAGCAGGGGCGGCGGACGUAUAGCGAGGAAGAGGAUGAUGAUGAUGAUGAUGAGGAGGAGGAGGAGGAGGAAGAAGAUGAUGAUGGCGAGUUUCUGGGGCUGAGUGAGGAGGAGCUAGAGCGCAUGGUGUUCGCCAGUGCUGGAGCAGCAGUAGCAGCAGCAGCAGGCGGAGGAGGAGGAGGAGGAGGCAGCUCAGUUGGAGGGGGUAGUAGUAAAGGUGGCCAGGCCACCGGCCGCGCAGCACAAGCGGCUGCUCCUGCUCCUGCUGCUGCUGCCACUGCUGACAUCGUCCUCUCAGCUGCAGCUGCCGCAGGCCUCCCGCCGCCCCUGCAGCAAGGCCUGGUGGCUGCCGUACAAUCCGGCAGGGUUACUGCUGACGCGGACGUACUCGUACGGCAGUUGCGGAAAUUAUCGGAAACCGCUGCUGCAGUUGCUGCAAAGGCUGCAGGUGGUGGUGGUGGUACGGAGGGCCGCGACUCGCAUUCCCCUGCAGUGGCGGGUGCGGCUGCGGCGGCUGCGGCAGGUGAGAGUUCCGCUGCGGCUGUCGUUAGCAGGAGCGGAAGGGCGCUCAUGGGCCUGCUGGCUUGCAACGAGGAGGCCGCGGCAGGCAUCCUGGUGAACCACCCUCAGUACGCGGCGGCGGUGUCGGCAGCGGAGUUGGAGGAGCGGUUGCGGUUCUUGGCGUGCCAUUUGGGUCUGGAUCUGGAUGAGACACAGGCGCUUGUACGACAGAAUGCAGUGCUGCUGCUGGUGCCUUCGGAGCCGCUAAGGCGCAAGCUUACGGCGCUGGCGAACGCCACGGGGCUCAAGGCGGUGCUGGCUGCGGACAUGAUCACUCCGUACAUGUUUCCAGGGCUGCUGUAGGGGGGAUGCCUCGGUUGUAGGCAUCACUUCUGGCUGCGGUACGGCGUUCAGGGAGCGCCUUUGUCGUACAGUACUUGAGGGGAUGGUUCUGUAGGGAAUGAGUGACGGGUUAUUGCACUUAGUGAAGGCCGCAGCUGGAACGCUCUUUUGUCAAGAAUGUGAAGGGUGCAGCGAAGGACAACCCGGAUUGGUAGAGGGGAGAGCUGUGCAUUGAGACGACCAGGUUCGGCGGCGGCCUGGGUGGAUUACGAUGUCUUUCGGUACAGUGCUCGCAGGUGCCAGGAAGAGCAUGGCGACGAUGUGCUACGUUUCCGAAUAUGGUGCCUUUCCUUCAGUGCAACAUCGGUUAGACCGGGAAGGUGCUCGGGGUGUGAGAUUACAACGAGAGGUUCACAAUGGAAUGCUUCCAAAGGCAAUAGCAAUGGGCUUUGUCCCAGGAUUGCAGCUUAUUGGGUGGAGCUGGGUAGGACGUUGUACGGUUGCAAGUUAGCGACAGAUUCCACGCUCCGUGCCUUUUGCAGUGGUUUUUUUUAAAACUGAUAAACAGGGACGUCUAGCGUUUUACUUCGUCAUAUCUUAGGACUGCAAAGGAGUGUGUUGUUACUUUCCUGCGUCGCUUGCUUGGGCCACUUGGACGUCGCAGCUUCCUUGUACGUGAUGUUCUGAAUAGCAGGUAGAUGAUUGUAUUGCUGGACAAUGCAAAAUCCAGAGGCCUCUCCGCCAGAGCUUACGACUCCAGCAGCAGAUGUGGCUUCGACCCAGCCUGCUACACUUCCACAGCCUGUGGCGACUGCAGCACCGCCGGACCAGUAUCGUAGAGAGGCCCUUCGCAAGGCAGGAGCAGAUUUCUUGGAAAAGGCACUUCUGCAAGCAAAGAAAACUGGAUCGCAAGACCCGUUUGCCCCGGUUGAGGCCCCACUUCCAUCCACGCCAGCAAUUCAGCGAGCAGAAUCACGCCCUACUCCAAGCAGACACCGUGCUAAGUCGCAAGCCCUACCGGAGGAUGUGGCAGCAUUCGGCCAGGUGUUUGAGAGCACCAAGCUGUACGUGUACUGCGGAAUAUACCUGGCGUGUCAGUCAGCUAUUUACGUCCUUAUCAAGGGCUCGCUAACGACUAUGAAGACGCCUGGCCUCAUGGCAUUCCUGCACAUGGGCAUGGCCGUCUUCUCCUUUUGGAUCUCCACCUACUACGACACCUUUGACAUGAGCCAAGUAAUUGCCAACCCGCAACAGGCGCUGCUCGGCUGCAGCGUGCGGGCCGCCCUUUACGGGAUCCAGAUGUUGACCCUGUACGGCGCGCUGCUCCACUCCUCCGUGCACUGCAUCCUCAGCUGGGCCGCCACCGCGCCGCUGCUGCUGGACGCGGGCCUGGCGCUGGCGGUGGGGCAGCCCAGCAGGCUGCUGGCGCCGCAGACCAUUCCGCUGCUGGUGGCGGCGGCGGCGGCAACAGUGCUGGAGUUGCUUCUCGACCGCACGCUGGGGUGGCUGGCGGUGCUGCUGCUGGCGGCGUGGAGCUGCGCCAAGCUGGCGGAGACGGGGUGGCGGCUGCUGAAGGAGGACCCCUCGCUGGGGGGCAGGCUGCCGGGGGGAGACUUCGGCCCGCUUGCCUCGCUGGUUCGGCGGGUGGCGGAGGCGGAGGCGGUCCUGGAGCCGCCGCCCGCCGCACUGCUGGUGAACCUGCUGCCCGCGCUGCCGGUGCUGCUGGCGGGGUUCGUGGGGCAGGAGGGCAGGGAGAUUGUUGACCACGAGCUGUCGGUGCCGGCGGCGCAGCUGAUGCUGCUGAGCUGCGUGGCGCACGUGGGGCUGACGUGGGGGCAGCUGCUGCUGCACGACCGGAUCAGCGGGGCGGCCAAGGCGGGGCUGCGGUGGGGGGCGCUGCUGGGCGCGGUGGCAUUCAACAUGACGGAGAAGACCGCGGGCGCCACCCUGGGCACUGCGGCGUGUGCGGUGGCGGCGGUGGGCGCCUCGGCGGUGGCGGCGCUGCAGCGGCACGGGGGAGGCGGCGGCGGGGGGCUGAUGAUGGGCGCGGGAGGGCAGCUGAGGGCCUUCCAGGGACUGACGGGGGUGGCGGCAGGCGGUGGAGGCGGCGGAGGGGGAAAUGCGAUAGACGAU